GGCCAAAGGACAAGCAUCUCGGAGCUGCCCCCUCCCGCCUGUCAUUUCAGAAUGUGCUUUUGAGACGAUCUUUCUUUUAUGAGUGUCUCAUUAUUCAAUGUAAUUAGCUCCCGAUAUUCAGUUAAACAGUUUCAAAGAACCCCUGGCCAGAGCGCUAUCUUGCUAGUCAAUCAUCACUACGGGCUUUUUUCUCACAUCUCAGCAAAGCUCCGAUUGCGCGGAACUGAUCCUUCUAAAAUUUUCUCUUCUCUCAUGACCUGAUGACAGAGGCUGCGCAUCUUUUCGCCCGGGUUUUCAUCUGUGUCAGUUCAAAUUCGCCUGCUUGUCAUGGAACAGCAUCAGUCCGAGAGCACGCCCGGGCUUAUGGGUACCACGCCUCCGUCUGGGUCUCUGAGCCAAGGGCCUUUUCGCACCGCGAUGUCACCCCCAUUAUACCGAAGAAGCACACCCGGAAGUCUUCAGCCCUCCCCGAGACUGCCUCGUUCAGAGCUUAUCCGGAGGAGUCACUCGGCAGCGUCCAUGUCACCCCCUGUCCCGGUCCCGGUGCGGCAAGGCGAGCUUGUACAGUCGAUUGAACCACGCACCCUGCCUUCGCGGAACAUCACUGAUGCGACAAUAGACGAUGCCUAUGUAGAUUUCAUCUUUUAUUGUAACCCCGGAGUGCCGUCAACGACGAAUACGUCAGAAUUGCGAAGGAUGUUCCGAUUACCACCUCGGAGCGACGGGAAAUGUUUCAGUAUUUAUACUCUCUGGGAAUUGAUACAGAAACUCGACCGGAAGGAGAUCAAAACCUGGAUUCAACUCGCCAUUGAACUGGGUGUCGAGCCUCCCUCCGUGGAAAAAAAGCAAAGUACCCAAAAGGUGCAGCAGUACGCUGUGCGCUUAAAGCGCUGGAUGCGUGCAAUGCACGUGGACGCAUUUUUCGACUAUUGUAUGGGUAAUCAACAUCCUUAUUAUACCAACGUCGGGGCUCUACACGAUCAAGAUGGAGGCUACAGGGACGGCGUUUCAAGAGAGGAAGAUCUCACCUUACGAGCAUUAUAUCCCGAAUGGAAGCCUAGAAAGGGUCGAAAACGCGCCCUGGCUGAGACCAAUAACCCGAAAAGGCCACGUUUAGAUACACAAAACCCCAACACUGAUAGUAGCGACCCUUAUUUGCCCUGGAGUGCUCUUCCGGAUGACUUUGAGCAACACGACCACUGGACAGCCAACUCCGCCUUUGGUACCGGAAAUCCAGCUGGAGAUCAGCGACAUAAUGUUACACCAGCAGAUGGUGCAAGAUGGGAUUUUCCUGGACCACAGCGAUCUUCUCCCCUCAGAUAUCCUCAGUCAGCUGUUACGCCCCGUGGUAGCACCCAGGAUGCUUUUUUCGAAAGAGAGCCAAAAUCCGCCAUCACACCAGACUUUGCAAAUAGGAUGCAUUAUAAACGACGCAGAGAUCAACCUGUAUUGUCUCCGUGGGCUCCAUCCCGUAGUAUUCAACCAAGUGGUGAGGGAAGUCAACAGCCACUUGAAAGUGCAAGGGACGCUGGAACAGCGGGCACACUUCACACUCAAAAUGCUGCAAGGUGCGGUCCUCCUCAAGAAGCAGACUGUGAUCCGUCGGUUUUGGCAAGGGUCGGCGUGGAAACCUCCGGUAAUACCGUGCAAGAUUUAACCAAUUCUUCUCUUCCCCCGAAUUCAACCGGUCCCCGACCCGUUAAACUCCAACUUCAAGUGCCGAAAGGGUCGCCCAGGCCGCCUGUUCGACUCGCAACUCCACAGCUACAAGUAAAUGGGGAGUUUCGUCGGCCAUCUGCGUCUUUCGAGACGCAGGAUUCCGGAGAAUCCAAUCAUCGAUAUACCAACAACACGCAGAAUACAUAUUUGGGACAUACAGAUCCCCUCGUAUCUUGCGACAACACAACCGCACUAUCCCUCGACAAAGUCUCUCGUAUGUUCGCUCUUGAAGUUCAACAUGCUAGAAUAUUAGGGAGUCCGUCUGCCCCUAGCGAAAAGGAGUCUGUCGCAAUUACCAACGCAAUUAUCAAGCAGAUCAAAUCACAGAGCGCUCCAAAUGCCUCCUCCCAUAUGAUUGCACUUUACUGCGCGGUCUAUUUGGGCCUAGGCCAACAACUUGGUUUAGGUGGCAAAAGGUUUGGCCAGUUGACCAUUAAAAUCACGCGAGGUGAGAAUAGAGAGAUAGACACUGCUAUACCAACGCCUUACACAGCUCUUGACGGCAUUUCCCACGGACAGCCGAGAAUGCAAUGUGUUCUCAACUAUGACUUAAUGUUAGCUCCUGGGAUCACGACUAAAACAACGAUUCAUGUCUCCGUUCCAUCGCUAGAUACCCACGAUGGGGGGAAUUCUGUCGGCAUGGACAUACACGAAACGGACAAAGUCCCAAGGGAUGCUUUGCGAGUAGCAAUUGACGACUCUGAGGAUGACUUGCUUCUGAUGGAGACAGGUGUGGAUUGGAAACAACGAUAUCUGAGCUUGAAAAAACAGAUUCGGAAACGAGAUACUGCUUUGCGACAGUAUAAGAAGAAAAUACUUGAGGUUGUGAUGGAUGAUAUUUAAUUAUCAGGCUGCUUUCAUAGCUGGGAAGGAAGAAUUCGAGGAAUAAGCGGUGACUCUGUCUUGCAUAUGGAUCCCAUGCACACCUUUUUCCCCCAUGUAUAUUUACAAGCAUUUAUGUGACAUCUCU